UGGUGCAGUGGUGCCUAGCCUCUGGGCCGGUUCAGGAUGCUCUUCCACGCUGGGUAGAGCUGCUUCUCUCACAGCCAGCGCUGUCCCUGAGGCUGAGCCUACGAGAGGGAGCAGGGCGGCGCUCCGGGGUCCUCUUCUUCCCUCCUCCACUCCUGCUUUGGACCUGGUGAUCAAAUAUGAACCAUGGAAGUCGAAGUCUAGCCGACACGCCCCGAGCAUCUGGCCCUUGAUCUAUUCGGGAAAGAUGUGUCGGUACAGCCGGAGGGCGGAAUGUUUGCGGGGGCGUAGUGGUCCGAGGUGAUAUCAAGUCUUUCGACCUGUUGCAGUCAUGGGGGCUUACACGCAUUCCAAGUUUGGACUGAGUGCGAACCCCUUACCUCCACUCCGCUGCUGACAUAGGGUCAUGAAUCAGGGACGAGAGGGAGCACAGAAAAAGCAGAGCCUCCCCAAGCCAUUUAGGAGCAGAAUAAGCCUUUUGGAGGGCACACUCUGCUGGAGCAAUGGCAGGACCCAAAGGCAACUUGACCCUACUUCUCACCGACUAUGUGGUAACAGUGACCUGGGAAUGACUUUGUGAAAUGAAGCUUCUCUAGGAAGGCUGCGUUUGAGCUUGCAGAUUGUUUGAAUUUGUUUAAAUUUUACUGAUUAGAGUGUUGUGACCUUGUGGAGAGACUUUGUUGUAAACUAAGAAGCCUAAGUUUUAUUGGGUAAUUUUUGGUCCUUUGCUAACCACUUGUUACUGGUCUCUGUCUGGUUUAGGAUUUUUUUUUUUUGUAUGAUGAUUGGAUACGAUCUUAAAAGGUAUGUUAGGCUUGAUGGACAUCUGGCCUGUAUUAAAUCAUAAGGCUGGGAAUGAGGCCGAACGGAGUCUUGUAGAUUUCCUUGCCUUUUUGUAGUUUCCAUACUUGAUAACUCUGCCUUUUUUUUUUUUUUUUGGUACCAGGGAUCGAACUUGGGACCUUGGGGUUACAAGGCAGGCGCCGGAACCACUGAACUAAAUCCCCACCAGCCCCUCUGCCUGCUUUCUUUUGGGACCAUAAAAGGCUUGUGUAAUCUCUUCACAGUAGGACCAUGGCUUUCAGUGAAUUCUCCUAGGACCAUGUCCUUUGGGAUUACAUGUUGUUAAGCUGAGUUUAUGUUCCUGGGGUGUGGUCAUUGUGUUGGCCCAGAAUAAAUCAUUUUCUUAGAUUUUGUUUUUGUUUUUCUUUUCUGAGACAAGGUCUCACUGAGUAGCCCAGUCUGGCCUUGAACCUCCUCCUGCCUCAGCUUCCUGAGUGCUGGAAUUACAGCUGUGUGCUGCCAUGCCCAGCUUAGAAUUGUUAAUUGUUUUUGUGUCAGCACCUUCCACAAUAUAGUUAUGAAUUUGCUCGGUUAUAGAAUAACAAAAUAAUUACAAUAUUGCUAAAACAAAUUUCCUACCUAUAGCACAGUAUUUGGAUACAAGACAUUUUAUCUUUAGCCUUACAGUAAUUAGUUAAAAUACUGUUUUCCAGAAUUACUUGGUUCUUGACAUUCUCAGUACUUCAUUAUGGUUUUGUUAUUCAAUUGUAGUAAGGCUUAUUGGUUGUUUCUAUUACAUUUAUUACAUUUUAGGUCCUCCCCUCCACCCCAUCCUAGUUGGGGUGUGAGUGUGUGUGUGUGUGUAUUUAAGACUGUAUAAAGCCAACACAACUGUAAUCUCUGUUACUUGGGUAUUUUAGGAGGGUGGGCAAAGUAGGAGCACAAAUUCAAAGGCACCCUAAACACCUUAGCCAGACCUAUCUCCAAAACAAAACCCAGGGCUGGGGUGUGGGGGGGUGUUGCUUAUUGCCACAGCUCUUGUCUAUCAUAUGGUAGGCCCUAGCUUCACCCCCUAGUACAGUGGUACCUUAGUACUUCUUGUUAGUUGAUCGUGGGAGGCACAAGUACCAAAUUUUGGCUGGAGAGGGUAGCAAGUCACAAGGCAGUUGACAUAAGUUCUAGAUUUUGCACCAAGUACCAAACAGAUGAAGAGCACUGGGACAAAAUGUGUCAAGUCCCAAAUUUGAGGAGAUUCAAAGCAUUCAAAUACUGAGGUGUGACUGUACUGCCAAAAAUGAGAGAGAGAGAGAGAGACUGAGAGAGACUGAGUCAGAAUGAGUAUCUGUGGACACACCACUAAAUUAAGAAAGAACAUUUCCUAUACUGCUUCAUCUAUGUGUUCCUCAUCCAACUCCUAGCCUCCCACCCCUAGAGGUAUAAAAUCCUGGAGUUCCUGGGAGCUACCAGCAGUGACUUAGCAAGGAGGAGUUCUGGGCACUGAGCUACUCCAGCCCUUCUCUGAGAGGGACACUAGGUGAUGGCAGCCAGGCUCCUCACAGCCUGGCCUCAGAAGUUGGUGACCUUUGAGGAUGUGGCUGUGUACUUCACUCAGACGGAAUGGGAUGGCCUGUCCCCUGCACAGAGAGCCCUGUAUAAGGAUGUGAUGCUGGAGAAUUAUGGACAUGUGACUUCCCUAGGGUUUCCACUUCUGAAACCGGCUGUGAUCUCACACCUGGAGAGAGGAGGUGAGCUGGAGGGCCUAUCUCCUCUGGCCAUUGUGACUGGAACAGGCCCUCAGGGCCUCUGGACUGAUAUUGAUAUACAGACAAACAAUAAUUUGACAAAGGAAAUGUAUGAAGAAAAAGAUAGCACAUCAUUUGAACUUCCGAAGGACUUUUCCCUGGAAACAGACACUUUAGAAGCCUAUAUGCCACAGCAACAACAGGAAGUCCACUCAGCAGGAACGUUGACAAAGGAAAACAGCAAUAGCAUGGAUGGAACAGUGAAAGAUGAAACAAGCUCCAUGGAGGAGUGUUCCUUUAAUAACAGUACAAACUUGUUUCAGCAUCAUAGUAUCUCCACUGAAGAGCAGCACCCUGGUUGUAUAGGACUGAUGAAAGCCUUCAGCUUUGACACAGAACUUAUUAAGCAUGAAAUAAUUAAUACUGUGGAAAGUACUUUGAAAUGUGAAAAUUUUGUGGAAACCUUCACAUUUGACUCUCAACCUAGUCAGCAUCUAGAAAACUAUACUGUAGAGAAGCCUUACCAGUGUGUGGAAUGUGGCAAAGCCUUCAGUGUUAAUGCAAAAUUAAUUUGGCAUCAAAGACUUCAUAGUGGGGAGAAACCCUUCAAAUGUUUGGAGUGUGGGAAAUGCUUCAAUUACAGUUCCCAUUAUAUCACACAUCAGACAAUCCACAGUGGGGAGAAGCCCUAUCAAUGUAAGAUUUGUGGGAAAGCCUUUAGUGUUAAUGGGAGUCUUAGUAGGCAUCAGAGGACCCAUACAGGAGAGAAACCCUAUCAGUGCCAGGAGUGUGGAACUGGCUUUGGCUGUAGUUCUGCAUAUAUUACACACCGGAGAGUCCACACUGGAGAGAAACCUUAUGAGUGCAGUGAUUGUGGGAAAGCUUUCAAUGUUAAUGCAAAAUUAAUUCAACAUCAGAGAAUCCACACUGGAGAGAAACCUUACGUGUGCAGUGAGUGUGGGAAAGGCUUCAGGUGCAGCUCCCAGCUUAGGCAGCAUCAGAGUAUCCAUAGUGGAGAGAAACCCUAUCCAUGUAAAGAGUGUGGAAAAGCCUUCAAUAAUAAUGCAAAACUCAUUCAGCAUCAAAGAAUCCACACAGGUGAGAAACCUUAUGGGUGCAAUGAAUGUGGAAAAGCCUUCAGUGUCAAAGGAAAGUUAAUCCAGCAUCAGAGAAUCCACACUGGUGAGAAACCAUAUGGAUGUAAUGAAUGUGGAAAAGCCUUUAGGUGUAACUCUCAGCUUCGACAGCAUCUGAGGAUCCAUACUGGGGAGAAGCCCUAUAAGUGUGAUGAGUGUGGAAAGGCUUUCAGUGUUAAUGCAAAACUAAUGCAACAUCAGAGAAUUCACACUGGGGAGAAGCCUUUUGAAUGUAAUGAAUGUGGGAAAUGCUUUACUUCUAAAAGAAAUCUACUUGAUCAUCACCGAAUCCAUACUGGAGAAAAGCCUUAUCAGUGCACGGAAUGUGGGAAAGCUUUCAGUAUCAAUGCCAAGUUAACUAGACAUCAACGAAUACAUACUGGAGAAAAACCUUUCAAGUGUAUGGAAUGUGAGAAAGCAUUCAGCUGUAGUUCUGACUAUAUUGUGCACCAGAGAAUUCAUACUGGAGAGAAACCCUUUCAGUGUAAGGAGUGUGGAAAAGCCUUCCAUGUUAAUGCCCAUUUAAUUCGACAUCAGAGAAGCCACACUGGGGAGAAACCUUUCCGAUGUGUGGAGUGUGGCAAAGGUUUCAGCUUUAGUUCUGACUGUAUUAUACACCAGACUGUCCACACUUGGAAGAAACCUUAUGUGUGUAAUAUCUGUGGGAAAGCCUUCAGGUUUACCUUCCAACUCGGUCAGCAUCAGAGUGUCCAUAAUGAAGGGAAAUGUUAGUAAUGAGAAGGAUGAAGAAGCUCUGAAGGUUAAUGCUGAAGUAGAUCAUGCAUCAUCAGAUUCACCCUGGAGGAAUACUCUAGGAAGGAAAUGAAUGUGGCAAAGUCUUCACAUGGAAACAUAUUUUCUGUUUUAUUCAAUUUUUAAUGAGGAAUGUAUCACUAGUUAAAAAGUAAUAUCUAAAGGACCGGGGAUUUAGCUCAGUGGUUCCACCGCCUGCCCCGCAAGCACAAGGACUCAAGUUCAAUCCCCUGUACCAAAAAAACCCCAAAAACAAAACAAAAAAAUAAUAUCUAAAAAUAAAUAACUUUGUUUUAUACCAACAACCAGCGAGAAAAUACUGAAGAAAAUAUCUCCUUCCCAGCAGUAUCAAGAACAGAUUUUCUAGAAACAUUUGUUUUGUGGAACCUAUAUGGUGAAAAUUAUAAUUCUCCACUGAGGGCUACCAGAGGAAGCUUGAAUAGAGAGAGAGAAAAAAAUUGUGUUCUUAUAUAGAAAAACCCAUAUUAUAAAGAUGUCUGCUCUACCUAAACUAAUUUAUUUCUGUUUAAUUUUUGGCACAAGCAUGUAUUUUAUAAAGAAGAAAAAGAUUUCACUUUUAUGAAAUAGGAAACUUCAAAGUAUCAGAUGAAUGCUAGAAACAAAAUGUUGAUAAAUUGAUCAUUUGUAUGUUUUUGUUUUAAAUACUCCCAAAUAAAGUUAAAAAGGUAAAGCAUAAAA